AUGCUCCGCCAUCGUUCUCUCCCCUCGAGAACACAAGAAGUUCGAGCCCGUUCUACUGUCUAUGACCACGACGAUCCUCAAGGAAAUCUACCGUCAUCUUCCAAUGAUGAUAUGGUACCUCAACACUCUACUGUUGGGGCUGGUCCUGAGAUCUACGUUGAGCACAACGAUGUUCUAGUUCUACCUGUGAGUAAUGGUAUCUCUGGUUGUCUGGACGACAAGGUUAACGACAAGCAUUCUAUCGGUUCUAUCGUAACUGGUAACUCUAAUGCUCUGUUUAAUGGUAAGGACGACUCGUCUUCCGGCUACCCUGAUCGGAUGCACUGCACUCCGACAUUCGGCAACGAUUCUUCUAGUGCUGUUCCUAUCUCCGAUGGUUGCGGUCUACGUGGUUCACCUAUUAAUCUGGGUACUUCUGGUGAUAUAUCUGAUGCUACUAAUGGUAAGUCUGUAUCUACUCCCAAGAAUGAUAACUCUGGUGAUGAUUCGGUUCCUCAACCUUCUGCUUCGUCGUCUAGUGGGUUUAAGACUAUUGAGGCUGACUCUACUACACCCCUCGAGGGUAAUGGUGAUAGUUCUAAUAUAUCGGGUAAUGAUGAUCUGGCUAAUUCUAGUAAGAAGACCGUUGCUACUGCUGUACCUUCUGCUGUUAAUGUUCUUAAUGGUAAUGGUAUCUCCAGCCCACAUCUCAACACUACUGCUCAGCACUCUACUGGCCCUGUUAAUACUACUAUGCCGGUUACUCCUAUUGUGCAUCAAGGAUUGGUCCAGCCCACUAAUCCUAUUAUCGAUGGAUCUAUGGUUUCUACCCUAUUCCUGUUAACCCUUUUCCAUCUAAUGUGCAAUCAAGUGUUGGUGCCUCUAAUUUCCAAUGAGGCUACAUGCCUGGCCCUAAUGGGGGCUUAUCUCUAG